UCUCGACCUCGUUACCCACCUCAUUCGAAGACAUUGUAAGCUGAUCUCGCACGUCGCCCGCAUGUCUCGCCAACUUGACCUUUAGGGAAAUCGGCUUAACGGAUUUACUUACCUUACUCCAAAGCCACCAGUUACCCAAGAACUCAGACCCCUCUCCGCACGCCCGUAAACAAAGCAAUCAAAGUAAACGUCCCCGCCAACUUCAACACCAUGGCCAAAGAGACAUCUCUCCCUCAUCGCCUCGUCGUUAUUUGUUUGCUGCUCGUCUAUCUACUAAUUUGUCGUUCUGGCCAACGCCGCGAUCGGCCCCGCAUGAGCCAUCUCCGCAAUGGCUCCAUCCGUUAUCGCUCCAGACCUUACUCUACUUACUGCACACUUACUAGACUAGUAUACACCAAGACCAUACCUCAUCUACUCGAUCCAUCAAGUUAGGUAAGUGAGUGACACGAAGCCCAAGCCUUGGCCUUGGCUUUUCCCCUCGCUCCUCCAUCGCAAGAAACCAACCCGACCGAGACCGGGGUGGUACCCGAC